AUGGGCCUUCUAGAAAACACUGGGCAACCUGUAGCCAGAGGUGCGGAUCUCGAAAAGUUCCCAUCCGGCGAACUGCGCAAACGGCCCUACACCGACUUCCUCCAGCCUGUGUCCCCUGUCGCAAACGAUGACUCUUCCGUCGAUGAGGGCCAGUCCAUGAAGCCCUCCAAGGACCAAACCCACCGCAAACUAAAGCCGCGGCAUAUCCAGCUGAUUGGAAUUGGAGGCACAAUUGGAACGGCACUGUCUUCCUUCAUCCUAGCGGUCACCAUCUCCAUGGCAGAGAUGGUCACUUAUCUUCCUAUAUCUUCGCCGUUUAUUCGGUUCGCUGGUCGCUAUGUCGAUGAAGCUUUCGGUGUGGCUACUGGGUACAACUUCUUUGUAUUCGAGGCAGCAAUGGUUCCUUUUGAGAUCGUGGCAUGCAAUGUCAUUAUCCAUUACUGGAGCGAUAUCGUCCCCGCCGCUGGUAUAAUUACCAUUGUGCUAGUGUUAUACGGUGCCAUCAAUUUUUUCGCUGUAAAGUGGUAUGGCGAGUCUGAAUUCUGGUUAGCGUUGGGUAAAGCACUUCUCAUCAUCGGCCUCAUCAUCUUUACUUUCGUCACCAUGCUUGGGGGGAAUCCACUUGGUGAUCGAUAUGGAUUCCGACACUGGCGCGAGCCUGGUGCUUUUGCUGAGUUCUAUAAAACCGGUGACCUCGGCCGGUUCUUGGGCUUCCUGCAAUGUAUGAUUCUGGCCUCGUUCACAAUUGCCGGGCCAGAUUAUGUAUCAAUGGCUGCUGGAGAAACAGAAAAUCCACGUUAUGUCUUGCCUCGCGCUUUCAACGCCGUCUUCUAUAGGUUGACCGCAUUUUUCGUCUUGGGCAGCUUAUGCGUGGGAAUCGUUGUUCCCUACGACGACAAGACGAUGUCAGACGCCUUCAAAAAAGGGUUGCCAGGAGCUGCUGCGUCCCCCUAUGUUGUUGCCAUGGACAGGUUGCAGAUCAAAGUUCUCCCACAUAUCGUCAACGCAAUGGUGCUCGGGGCGGCAUUCAGUGCAGGAAACUCCUACGUCUACUGCGCCAGCCGCAGCUUGUUCGGUCUCGCCCUUGAAGGCAAAGCACCUCGCAUCUUCACCAAAUGCAACAGGAAUGGUGUGCCAAUCUACUGCGUCUCACUUGUCUUGCUUAUCGCGCUCCUAUCCUUCCUGCAGGUCUCUAACGAAGCAUCCGUCGUGUUGGAUUGCUUUCUCAAUUUCUUCGCAGUAGCUUUUACGUACACUCGAUUCAUGAAGGCUCUUGACGCGCAGGGUGUUUCGCGCGACUCGCUUCCGUACAAGGGUUUCUUCCAACCCUAUCUUGCAUAUUAUGCUUGCGCAGGGACGUUGAUCAUGGCUUUUGUAGGGGGAUAUACAGUAUUUUUACCUGGGAACUGGAGUAUACCAACGUUCCUAUUCUCCUAUACGAUGAUUGGGUUAUGUCCAGUGCUGUUUUUUGGGUGGAAACUGUCCAAGAAAACUAAAUGGUUUAAGCCCCAUGAAGUGGACUUAUUCAAGGAUGUUGCGGAGAUUGAUGAGUAUACGAAAAACUUCGUUCCGGCUCCACCGAGAACGCUCUCUGGGUCUAUUUGGAUGGAUGAAUUUGCGCCAUUGAAAUAUGCUUAUGUCGAAAAUUGA